UUUGUACAUACAGAGGAUAAAAGCUUCCUUCAAGGAGAGAUAUUCAUGAUGUCAGUUGGAAACGUCAGUUUUAUAAAGGCUUUUAUCAUUGUCGGGUUCCCGGGACUUCAGCCUCGAUAUUAUGGGAUUGUCUCAGCAGUCUUGUUUUUUGUUUAUGUGUGUACACUGAUGGGAAAUGCUGUAUUUAUUACAUUAUUUGUAUUAUCUAAGACCCUCAAGAAGCCUGUUUAUUAUUUCAUUGUAAAUCUUGCUGUGUGUGAUGUACUCUUCAGCACUACUGCAUUACCAAAGAUAAUCAGCAGGUAUUGGUUUGAAGAUGGAUCCAUUUCAUUUUUGGGCUGCUUUCUUCAAAUGUUUUUUGUUCAUUAUUUUGGCACAGUCAGUUCACACAUUUUGGCUUUAAUGGCUAUAGAUCGCUAUGUAGCCAUUUGUCAUCCGUUUCGAUAUUACAGCAUUAUGACAAACAGAAAUGUACUCGUUCUGUGCUGUGUAGCUUGGGUCUUGGCUUACUUGGGCCCCCUAAUGUUGAUUAUUCGGGCGUAUCUUCUCCCAUACUGUGCAGAAAACACCAUAGUACACUGUUUCUGUGAUCAUGUUUCUAUUACAACUCUGGCUUGCACCGACCGAACACUUUAUGGGUUCCCAGCUUUGGUCAAUGCCCUUAUAGUGCUGCUGGGUUCACUUGCUAUUAUUGUUUUCUCUUACUGUGCUAUCAUUGUGGCCGUUCUGCGUAUAUCGAGCGCUCAAGGACGACUGAAGACUUUCUCCACCUGCAGUCCUCAACUCAUCAUUAUUGCUCUGUUUUUCCUACCCAGAUGUUUUAAUUAUUUGUCUAGCUAUAUUAACAUAAAGUUCAGUACUGAUUUGCGAUUGGUCAUUAUAAUGUUGUAUAGCCUCUUGCCACCAAUGAUUAAUCCACUUAUUUAUUGUUUGAGAACAGAAGACGUCAAAAUGAUUUUUAAAAGACUACUUCAAAAUAAACACACUGGCAUUAAUUUACAGGUGAGAUGAAGUUCUCUAUGCCAAAAUUUUAACGUUUUCAGAUUGUAUAAAAUGUCACUUGUGAAUGAUAUGCUGUGUGUUAGUCAAUUAUCCUUACAUGUUAAAUAUACUGACCCCGGAUUCACAGGCAAGGCUUAAUGCUAUAGUCCAAGACUAAAACACAUGUUUGUCUCAACUGAAAAUAACUUGCACAUACAGAUCUUAAAAUA